AUGCCAAUUUUUCAGGCAGUGCCUUGGACAACAGCAACUUUGGAGGUCCCAGUUGCCAGGGCCUGGGACCUAAGCGUGGAAGAGCCCUUCCGGAACCCGGCGGAAGUGGGACUACUGAAGGAAGUUGGCGUCUUAGUCCAGGCCUGCUUCACCAUGUCCAAGGUUUCCUUUAAGAUCACGCUGACGUCGGACCCGCGGCUGCCCUACAAAGUACUCAGUGUUCCUGAAAGUACACCUUUCAUAGCAGUCUUAAAGUUUGCAGCAGAAGAGUUUAAAGUUUCUGCAGCCACAAGUGCAAUUAUUACCAAUGAUGGAAUAGGAAUAAAUCCUGCACAUACUGCUGGAAAUGUUUUCCUAAAGCAUGGUUCAGAACUGCGAAUUAUUCCUAGAGAUCGUGUUGGAAGUUGUUAA